UUAUCGCCAAUACUGCUCACUGGAAUAGAUUUAUAUGCUUCGAUAGUUUAUGUUUCAUGAAUGGUCUCAAUUUAAAUCCUUGAUUAAAGAGAGAAGAGAGGAUCUUUUUGAUCUUGUUAUCUUGUUCGAUGAAAAUUCCAUAAAUGUACAACAACAGUCCUUGUUGUACAGGAGUGAGACCAAAAACGAAAAACUCGUUGUACUCUAGAGUUCUAUUCAAAAUUUACCUUCGUUUUCAUUCAUGAAAAUCGAUUUAUGUUUGAUUUUGGUAUGUAUACUUAAUUUUAAAUUUAAAAAGUUCAAGAGUUUGUAUCUUAAUAGACUCAAUCAAUAUUCAAUUGAUAAAUAAUCUAAAUUUUAGUUCCUCCAAAUCGGUGGCCGCUGUGGCGGUUUGCGCUAAAAAUGGUGCCAGUUGAAUCUCGCAUCGCAUUGCCCCCCAAUGCGCAUGCUACUGGAAGCUGCUCGAAAUGAUAUCCUUGGAGCGAGCAAACAAACUACGAAGCAGGACAAUGGAAGCGUCCCGAUAUACUUAAACACAAGAGGAACAGGGAGAGCCGCAGGGGCCAAACUCCAAACAAAAACAUAAUCUUUGUUGAAUCAUACAACGCGGAGUCCAGCUAGCCAGUCCGAGUGUUUUGUAGGGUUCAUCGUUUUGAGAUUACGCCGAGCAAGGAGAUGAGGAGUUUCUUCCCGGUUAGCUAAUCAGUGCCGUGGUAAUAGGCGUCAUGAACGAAAGAGUGGAAAUAAAUAAUAAAAACCACAUUCCGUAACUGAUAAGAAGAGAGGAGAGAUUGGAUUCACGCACAUCGCCAGUCACCAUCCGACUCAUCCGAGCAGUGUGAGCCCAUCAUACUCCAACGUAGCAUCAAGUAGUGUUUCUUUGUUCUGUGACCGAGUGGACUGUCUCCGAAAUGCAGAGCACCGUGCAGAAUCUGCGCGAAGGAUUGUGGAACCUACCGAGUACGGUGAACAGUUUGCUGCUUGCGGCAUCGGCAUCACAACCGCUACCCUCCGACACGCCCGAUGUCGUCCCAAAACCGGUGUCCGAUCGAGAUGGUAACAAUAACGACGGCAAGGACGACGGCGAGGAUGAUGAGGACCGCGAAGGAGAUGAUGUCUGCGGACGAGAUGAUGAUGAGGAGAGUGCCCCGGAAGAUGAUUUACCACCAGUAGUUGGACAUCAGGCCGCCGAAAGGGCACGUGCCAAGAUGGUUGAGGAUGAGUGCAGCAGUGAGCUAAUGACCAGUUCCGUACUGAGUUCGUCGCAUCAUACAAGCUCCAACGAAAAUGCGGAACCGGAUGACGAUGAUCUCGAAGCUGGCUCGAUACCGGCGGAGGAUAGUGUGGUCGGUUCCGGCGAGAUGAUGCCAUACACUCUGGUCCGUGAGCAGUGGCAAGCGAUGCUGCUGGGUCAGGAGGUCGGUCUGGGCGAGAUCAGUCAAGCGAUAGAGACCUGUAAGGCCCUCAUUCAUACCACCGAUUCCCUGGAUGAGAACGAGCGUAAGUGGUUGGUGCGUUAUCUGAUCGAGCUACGCUACCGACGCCGAGAGCUGCUAGACUUCGACCGAGAUCCGGAGGCAGUACUCGAGGAAACUAAGAUCAUCCUGGGGCACCAUUUCGUGCGUCGACGCAAGCAUCCACAACGCAAGCAGCGGCACCUUUACUGUGAUCAUUGUUCCGGUGUAAUCUGGAAUGUCGUACAGCCCUCGUACGUUUGUAGCGAUUGCUCCUUUGCCGUUCACGGCAAGUGUGUGGAAAAGGUUGUUCGCAUCUGUGCGCACGUUGUGACAACCGAGCAUAGUGGCCCGAUCGAAUGUAUCUGUCCCGAGAUCGGUCUAGCCUUCCAACGUUACACCUGCGCCGAGUGCGCCGUUCAGCUUAGCUACCAUGUCUCAACACCGGUUGGAUGUUUCGGCCUGGAAUUUAAAGCAGAGAAGCUGAAUGCGAUCGAACCACGACUUUGUGACUACACCGGACUCUACUACUGCCCGUCGUGCCACUGGAACGAUAUGAGCAUCAUCCCGGCCCGUAUCAUGAACAAUUGGGAUUUUGUGCCGCGUAAGGUGUGCCGAGCGUCAAGGCAGCAGAUUGCUCUACUACGCACCCGGCCUGUUAUACGGCUGGAAGACAAAAACCCACGGCUCUUCACCUUCAUUCCGGCACUGGCAGAAGUGAAACGGAUGCGCACUCAGUUCGGUGCCAUGAAGAAGUACCUCACGGUAUGCCGGUUGGCCGAGGAGGAGAGGCUAGUAGCACGGCAGCUCGGCGAACGCCGUCAUUUGAUGCAAUCGACGGAUCUGUACAGUGUGGCCGAUCUAGUGGGCAUCGAGAAUGGAUCGUUGCUUGGAUACCUGCGCACAGUGUACGCCGCUUUCGAGCAGCACAUUCGAAAGUGUUUGAUAUGUUCCGGUAAGGCGUUCAUCUGCGAGCUGUGCAACAACGAUGCCGUACUGUUUCCCUUCGAUGCCUGUGCCAUAAGCUGCGCCCGCUGUAACACCGUGAGCCAUCGCGAUUGCUUCUUGCGCAAGGGCAAACGGUGCGCCAAGUGUGCCAGGUUGCGUAAGCGGGCUCUUCAGACGCUACAGGAACAGCUGGAUAUCGAGAAUGGAAACUAGAAAAGACAAGAACAAACGCACGUUUACUCAAUUGCUCCACGAAGCUUCCGUGUGCGCCCGCCCGCCUACCGUUGUAUCGCUGUGCUUCGCAAUGCGCUUAUCAUCCAUAUCACACGUGCUUUAUCGUACAGACGACGAACACAAUAAAGCCUACCCUUGU